GGGAGAGGCUUGCUCUCUUUCCGUCUGUGGCAGAUGGAGGAACCUGUUUGAUCCCCUGCAGGGCCAAGCACACCCUCCCACAUUGUCAUCUCCCUCCCAUUGCAAGGCUGGGCCUUGGCAGAAGCAACCUUGGCCGCCUUGCCCACACUCUGGCGGCUGCACUUGCCGCUGCAAGUCCUGUUACCUGCUUGGGGACAUCCUUGGAGGGAGGAAACGCCUGUCUCAUCAGACCAGAAUUACAUCGCCUAAAGCAAAAAAUCUGGAAGCUGAGACACAAGGAAACCAGCUGGAACCAUGCUGUCGCUCAGUGCUGCAAAAGAUGGUGUCAUCCCUCCUACUGAAGGCGAUCGGAAGAAGAUCAUCACUCAGAUGAAAGUGCGGACAACGCUGAGAAGCGAUAAGAGCUGGAUCCAGAAGAAAUCGGACUCUGAUGACGAACAGAAUCACAGCCCAUUAAGACAUUCACCACUGAAGACCACUGGACGAUCAUCUCCUGCAUCAAGAACUUUGUCACCGAGUCGCAGGACAACUUCUCCAGAAUCCCCUUCCCAAGCAGAGUCAAAGUCUCCAUUGACACCAACAAGUCCUUCCAGAAAGUCUACCGUGGCACCAACUGGGUAUCUUAUCAGGGGGGUUUUCACCAAGACCAUUGACAAGACUCCAGCUUCCAAUGGAACACCCAACGGCUCACCAACAAGUGCCAAGAACAGCAGCGUAGCCCGUUCCCCCCAAGGGUACAAAAUGUCAACCGACGAAUACAAGAAAUUAGCUCCAUACAACAUCAAGCGAGAACUAUCAGAUCCAGGAGAGGAGGAGCCUUCUGUUUCCCCAGAUGAGCAAAAAAAGAGAACUGAAGCUGCAAGCAGUGUCCUCAGGCGAACAGCCAACAAGGAGCGUUCCUAUGUCCUUUCAGCUGCCAAGAAAAGCAAUGGGAGUUCACCAACACAAGAUUCACCAUCCAUCGUGGCUAAGAGGACUGAUGUGGAAGAUGGCAGCAGCCCGCGCUCCAGAAGUCAGACAAUGCCUGCCUCCGCGUGGUUCAGCAGUCGUGAAAAGAGUAUCAACGUGGUCAACAAGAGUCAAGCCUCCCAGCCGACUGAAUCCUCUUCCACUUUCAACCACUUUAGUUCCAAAGAAAGCAGUCCCAAACCUGAUCAAGAGAAACACCAACUUAUUUCCUUUGAGGUGUCUACAUCUCCUUCAAAGAGAAGUGAAAGGAAUGAUAGAAUCUUGCAGACGGCACCAAGUACCGAAACACAAAAUACCAUUUUUUCUGAACACAGUUGGGAAACAAGAAAGCCGAACGAUGCAACAGGAAAUCAAACUUCUCCAAUUCCUCACAUUGCCAUCUGCCCAGCAGCAAGCCCAAAGACAUCUCCUUUGAAUCACAAAGAGGAGGACUUCAGCACAGAAUUCAAAUAUUCCAGCCCAAGUCCGCAAGUCGCAGAACAACCUGAACAUCAGUCAUUCACUUCUAAGACUCAGACUUUGGCAAAGGAUCCAAUAGAUUCUCUCUCCGGAUCAAAAUACAAGGUGCCUUCCCGCUUUGACAGUGAUGUGGAUAUCCACCCUAAAAGAUCUUCUUCUGGGUUUGAGAGGAAGUCCAUGUAUGAGAUGGUAGAUGACAGUCCAAGUGACACUGAAUACAAAAAAGUGGAGGCUUACCUGGCAACGUCUGGUUCAUGGUCCAGCGAAAGCAGUCUCAGCACUAGUGGAACCCCAAGUGAACUCCUAAGAAACGGAAGAAGGGAUGGAUCAGAGCUGGAGACUCCCAGGUCCAGCUCUUUCUCAGCCGAGAGUGGGCUUGCCACUCCAGAGAUCCAACAAGGAGAGAAUGGGUCAGACUUAGACACCCCAAGGUACUCCUUCCCCUCCCAGCCCAGGACUUACCACCCUUUCAGAGAUGUGCCAGGGAGCGGUUCCCCAAGAAGCCACCGGGCACCUUUCUACAGGGACUCCUUUGUUACAGACAACAGAAGGAGUGUGAUGGGUUCAGAAACUAAUACUAUCAACCAUUAUAAGCACCCCUUGGCCCCUGAUUAUGACUCAGACCACUCUAUUUCAAGGAAUCUAAUGAGUACAGAAAAGAGAGCCAUCAAUGCUUCCCCCCAUUUUAAGCACCCCUUGGCGCCUGGGUAUGACUCAGACCACACAACUUCAAGCAAAGGCCUCCUCUUUGUGAAAGAGUCCAUCAACACUACAGAGUUGUCCUCCUCACCGCGUUACAACAGUCGCAGCCUGGCUGACUUGUCCGAAUUGGAGAAAUUAAGCUACGGCACUGCCAGCUAUCUGAAUAGCAGCCCCUCCAAAAGCAGGCCACCGGAGGACAUCUGCACUUACUGCGGCCGUGAAAUUCGCAAUUGCCCCAAGAUAACCAUUGACAAACCCAAAAUCUGCUGCCAUGAAUAUUGCUUCCGGUGUGGGAUUUGCCACAAGCCAAUGGGAGACCUUCUGGAUAAGAUCUUCAUCCACCGAGACAUUGUCCAUUGUGACAAAUGCUAUGAGAAGCUCUUCUAGGAUUUCCUGAUUUGGAAGAACUGAAAGAAGUUUUGUUUGCAGUCCUGUAGCUGAU